AUGAACUCGCUACUCAUUGCACUGGUGACAGCACCAGCACUACUCGCGAAUGAGGCAAUUAGACAAGGCCAAACCAAAGAUCGCAAGGAAGAACAUCGUGCACGGAGAUGCAAUUUGAUUACAAGUUGUGUUGAAGCAUCACCGCUUAGCCUUGAGGUUGAUCAUAGGCAAAUUAUUCUCAGAGAUUCCAAAAGCAUGAAUGAUCCCACACUACAUCUAUUCGCAGGAUAUUAUCUUCCACGUCCUGAUCCAACUACGAAGGCCUUAGAAACUUACGAAGUCGAGUAUGGAGUGCGUUUGGAUGCUCAGCCUAACAUUACAGGCCCAUUCGACUGCACCAGACAAGACAGAAGAUUGACUCUCGAGGGAUGGGAGGGAUUUUGUGCUGUCAAAAAAGAAGCAAACGGUGAAAAAACUGGCAUAUGGGCUCUUUACUAUGAUCGGGACGAUGAUCGCUUGGUUAAGAAGUUGGAGAAGAAUAGAAAAGUAGUGGAAAUUGAGCUAAGUAGGCAGGAGAAGCGAGUACGGAGAGGGAAGCCACUAGGCGAAAUGAGAUAA